UCCAUCUCCGGGCCUUCCUUGUUUCUUUCCUUCCCUUCUUUCAAGCCAACCAUGCUUCCUUCCACCCAUAUCCUACCUUCCUUCUUCCACCCCCAUUUCCUACUAGUCCCACCCUGAAUACCGUACCGUAGUUGCAAGGCUUUUAUUUCGAAAGGCUAACCGGAUCUCCAGCGGUGUAUCAUGUCACUCGUGCGUCUUAGCGUGUCUCGAUGUGACGCGCUGCUCAGGGACUGUGAAGUCUCGUUGCGCUUCAGACUUGCUGAGUGACAACUUAACGAUGGCGGUGCUGGUGUCCGUUCUUCGUCCUCGUUGUUUCCCCUGCCGGUUGGCCUGAGCUGCCCACACCUGAAUGCGCCUCGCAGACCCUGGUCCGCCGAGUCCCGCCAAACGGGCAGAUUUAAGGGCGUUUUUGCGGACGUCGCCGGUGAGCUAACUUUGGCCUUUUUUAGUGGCGGGGUGUCGUGCAGCUGCUCCCGUUGCCAAAUAUGCGGGCCUGAGUGGCAACAAACCUCGCCGGGGUGGACCGCGCUUACGGCGUAAACACACGCCGAAGAUGUGCUGAUAACGACGGCAUGAUGUUUUGUGGUCGCGUCAUCUGUGGUCCGCGUCGUUGUCAAGGAAAUCGGGACUUUUUUUUUUUGGCGGGGAUACACUCGUUUCGAUCUCAUGGACCUCACCGGGUGGGCGGCUGCCGCUGAGUCCCGCUGACUCCGAAGAGGACUCCACCCGCCGCCCGCUCUACCAGGUGGAUGAACUGGGCUUCCUCCUUCCCAAUGCCGAGGUACAUCGCAGCGAGUUGUCCUCAACCAGAAACCAGGAAGUGCUCAUGCAGUCAAUCAUUCGCAGCCUUAACUGAUUACCUCAGCCGGUCCACGCUUCAUGGGGCACCGAAACGACAUUUCAUUUCAUUUGUGACAAGGAGUUCAAAGGUCGUCAACGGACUACUGAAUUUGUUUGGAUCAAGUCCGACAUCCUGUUAGAUGACGGAUCGGCUCACGUCAACCAAAGUGCGUUGUUUGCAAAGCUAAGCUUUUUGAGCCAUCCAUGAGGACGUCAGAGUGGCUGAUUUGACGCAUCGCUCGUAGGAAAGCGGAGUUUCUCCUCUUCCCUUUCUCCCUUUCCACCCCCCCCCUUCUACCCUGUCACUCUUCACCUCAGCCCCCCCUUUUCCAACCCCACCCCUCCCUCCACCAUGCUUAUCAAGGAGUACCGCAUCCCCAUGCCCAUGAGUGUGGAGGAGUACCGAAUCGCCCAGCUCUAUAUGAUUCAGAAAAAGAGCCGCGAGGAGAGCUGCGGCGAGGGCAGCGGCGUGGAGAUCCUAAAAAACAAACCGUACACGGACGGACCGGGCGGAACGGGCCAGUACACGCACAAGGUUUACCACAUCGGCAUGCACAUUCCCAGCUGGUUCCGCUCCAUCCUGCCCAAAGCGGCGUUGAGGGUGGAAGAGGAGUCGUGGAACGCCUAUCCUUACACGCGCACGCGAUACACGUGUCCCUUCGUGGAGAAGUUCUCCAUUGACAUCGAGACGUACUACAUGAGCGACACUGGCAACCAGCCGGAUGUUUUCAACAUGUCGGCCGCCGACAAGAGGCAGAGGACCGUCGACCCCAUCGACAUCGUGACGGACCCCAUCGCUCCCCACGAGUACAAGGCCGAGGAGGACCCGCGGCUAUACAAGUCUGCCAAGACCCAGCGUGGCCCCCUGCUGGACGACUGGAUAGAAGAGUACAACAACAACCCGGGCAGGACGCCCGUCAUGUGCGCUUACAAGCUGUGCAAGGUGGAAUUUCGCUACUGGGGCAUGCAGUCCAAGAUUGAGAGAUUCAUCCAUGACGUUGGACUAAGAAAGGUAAUGGUACGCGCCCACCGGCAGGCCUGGUGCUGGCAAGACGAGUGGUACGGUCUGACCAUGGAGGACAUCAGGCAGCUGGAGCUGGAGACCCAGCUGACCCUGGCCAGGAAGAUGGCACAGUUCUGCCUGGUAGAGGAGGCCACCGAGGCCAACGGCGACACGCCGCCUGCCGUCAAGGAGCAGGAGGUCAAGGAGGCGGCGGAGGCGGAGGUGACGGUGAGCGCCACUCCUACCAACACGCUGCAGCCCCGCGGCGUGCUCACCAAGCAGUGGUCCACCUCCUCGCGCUCCUCCCGCUCCUCAAAACGAGGAGUGAGCCCGUCCCGACAUAGCAUCUCGGAAUGGAGGAUGCAGAGUAUCGCGCGGGACUCGGACGACAGCUCGGACGAAGAGUUCUUCGACGCUCACGAAGAUUUCUCUGACGGCGAGGAUGUCUUACCCAAGCAAAUCGCCAAGUGGAAUUCCAACGACCUCAUGGACAAAAUCGAGGCUUCCGACAUGGAAGAGACGUCCGGCGAGCUCUUCAAGGACAUAGAAGUGGACUACGCCAGGGCAGCCGGCGGGGAAAGACUAGACGAGGAGAGCUCGUCCGAGCAGUGCCUGCAGCCCUCCAAGAUCCACGUGCUCAUCCUGGUCCUGCACGGCGGCAACAUCCUGGACACGGGCGGCGGCGGCGGCGAGCAGAGCAGCAAGCAAGCCGACGUCAACACCAUCGGCGCCGCGUUCGAUUCCGUCAUGCGCGUCCACUACCCGGCGGCGUUGGGCCGCCUCGCCGUCCGCCUCGUCCCGUGUCCUGCCAUCUGCGCCGAGGCCUUCUCCCUGGUGUCCAACCUGAGCCCGUACGGCUACGACGAAGGCUGCCUCUCCAGCAGCCAAGAUCACAUCCCGCUGGCGGCUCUUCCCCUGCUGGCCACGUCUGCGCCUCAGUACCAGGAAGCCGUGGCCGCCGUCAUCGUCAGAGCCAAUCAGGUCUACGCCGAUUUCAUCAAGUCCCUGGACGGGGCCGCCUUCUCCGGCCAGGUCUGCCUCAUCGGGGACUGCGUGGGAGGAAUACUCGGGUUCGACGCUCUGUGCAGCAGUAACCAGACAGUCAACGAAAGCCAGAACAGCAGCCGCAGGGGCAGUCUUGUCAGUGUACAGGACCAGGACCUCCUGUCGCCGGGCACCAUUAUCAACUGCGGGCAGGGGUCGGCUUCGCCCACCCUGGAGGGCAGCCGCCACCUGAGCCGCAGCAACAUCGACAUCCCGCGAAGCAUCUCUGGCGACGAGAGCAAGAAGCAGCAGCUGCAGCGCAAGAGAAGUGACUCGUCUACCUACGAGGCGGACACGAUCAAGCAGCACCAGGCGUUCUUGUCCAGCUUGCACUCCAGCAUCCUGCGGGGCGACGGGACAUCGCGCAGAUCGAGCAGCAGCACCAUGCUCGACGGAGGCGCCCUGGGCAAGCUGGACUUUGAAGUCUCCGACUUUUUCCUCUUCGGGUCGCCGCUGGGUCUGGUGCUGGCCCUCAGGAAGACGGUCAUCCCCAUGCUGGACGUGGCCCAGCUCCGGCCUGCCUGUCAGCAGGUCUACAACUUGUUCCAUCCGGCCGAUCCUUCCGCCUCGCGCCUGGAGCCCCUUCUGGAGAGGAAGUUCCACCUCUUGCCUCCCUUCAACGUGCCCCGCUACCAACGCUUCCCUCUGGGGGAUGGAAAUUCAACUCUGCUGGUGGAGACAGUCCAGAGCAACGCUCCGCUGCUACUUGACAGCGGGCCGCCCGCGUCCCUUCGCUGUCAGGAGACCAUCAGUGAGACGUGCAUCCCCGUGCCCGUGUUAAACUGGCAGGAGGGCGCCCUCAAGGCCACGCCCGCCGCGCCCGAGUCGGAUGUUGUUCAGUCUCAUGGUGGUGUCUUCAUGGACAGUUCGUACCCCUCAUCCCCCAUCACGGGCCCCUUCUCCAGGGGCCAGCGGCGCGCCAGUGAGGUCAGCAUUGCCAGCCAGGUGUCAGGAAUGGCAGACAGUUACACUGCCGGCAACAUAGCCAACACCCAAAGAGACGCGUUUAGUCGGUCCAAAAGAUUCGGCCUUUUGUCGGAGCUGGCCCUGUCCUCCCAAAACAAAUUCUUCUUGAAAAGCCCCCCCAAAUCCCGCAAGAAACUCAAAGAACCCGCCGAGGAGAAGGACGGGGACGCAAUGUUGUGCGACAGUCAAAGUCUAGGCUCCGACUGCUGCACGUCUCCCGGACUGCGCAGUGCUAUAUGCGAUCUGGUCUCACUGGACUCCCAGGCGGAGGUGGACCAAGUUGCAGCUCGCUGGUGGGGCACCAAGCGCAUGGACUUUGCCCUCUACUGCCCCGACGCUCUGACCGCCUUCCCCACGGUGGCGCUGCCGCAUCUUUUCCACGCAUCCUACUGGGAAUCCACCGACGUGGUGUCCUUCCUGCUCAGACAGGUUAUGAGGCACGACAACUCCAGCAUCCUCGAACUCGACGGCAAAGAAGUGUCCGAGUUCACGCCGUCCAAACCUCGCGAGAAGUGGCUGCGCAAGAGGACUCACGUGAAGAUCAGGAACGUGACGGCGAACCACCGGGUCAACGAUGCCGUGUUCACCGAGGACAGCCAGCAGACGGUGACUGGUCGCUUCAUGUACGGCCCCCUGGACAUGGUCACUCUGGCUGGCGAGAAGGUGGACCUGCACAUCAUUACGCAGCCCCCGUCGGGAGAAUGGGUUUACUUCAACACAGAGGUGACCAACAGCAGCGGCCGCGUCUCCUUUCUCAUCCCCGAUGACAAACGUCUGGGUGUCGGUGUCUACCCGGUCAAAAUGGUGGUCAGGGGCGACCACACGUUUGCAGACAGCUACCUGACGGUGAUCCCUCGCGGCACCGAGUUUGUGGUGUUCAGCAUCGACGGCUCCUUCGCCGCCAGCGUGUCCAUCAUGGGCAGUGACCCCAAAGUGCGGGCGGGGGCCGUGGACGUCGUCAGGCACUGGCAGGAUUUGGGCUACCUGAUCAUCUACGUGACGGGACGACCGGACAUGCAGAAGCAAAGAGUGGUCGCCUGGUUGUCGCAGCACAACUUCCCGCACGGCAUCGUGUCCUUUUGCGACGGCCUAGUGCACGACCCGCUCCGACACAAGGCCAACUUCCUCAAGGCCUUGACCGAGGCUAACAUGAGGAUAUUUGCCGGCUACGGGUCCAGCAAAGACAUCUCCGUGUACACCUCCAUCAACCUGCAUCCAUCGCAGAUCUUCAUUGUUGGUCGACCCUCCAAGAAGAUGCAGCACCAGUGUCAGUUCAUCACGGAGGGCUACGCGUCACACCUGUCCCAGCUGGAGCACAACCACCGCUCGCGCCCGGCCAAGUCCGGCAGCACUCGCAUGGUCCUGCGCAAAGGCAGCUUCGGCCUGGGCGCCAACAGCGACUUCCUGCGCAAACGCAACCACCUGCUGCGCACCAUCUCCUCGCAGCCCGCGCCCAGCUCACCCACGGCAGGCGGCGUGGGCGCCAUCCACUGCCGCCCCGAGCGCACGCAGAGCCAGUCGGACGGUGAGCGCGGAACCGCCCACGGCCACGGCCAGGGGGCCGCGCAGCGCAGCAUGAGCAUCACGGCGGGAUGCUGGGGGCGCAGCAGCAGCACCAAAAUGGACGCCGGGCUCCUCAGCCCCAAAUGAGGACGCGGCUAUACAGAUAAAGGACGCCUGAAGAAAAAAAACAAAAAAAGGCCAGUAAUUGACGCCACCCUACCCCCCAAAAAAUUGCCUUUACAUUGAACGCUCGUUUCUCACAGGGAUACAUUACAAACUUUUUUUUAUUUGAUUUUAGUCCUUCCGCACACUUAAGAACCAUUUCAACUCAUUAAAACUUUCCAACUUAAAGCCACGCUUUUGAAAGUAUUCCUUAGUGCCUAUUUUCUUGCCCCCCCACAAAAAAACGAGAGUCAACGUAUCACUUUAAGUAAACCAAAAGAAGACUCACUUGUUUGCACGGUUAUCCAAAUAAGCUCAAGUGUGCUUGUUUCGGGCUGUUUGUCACUCCCAGCUGAGGUUCACUCUAAAACACAUGAAACAAGAGGAUUUGUACUGGAGAAGUAACCACUGAAAUGUCCCUCCAAACCAAACCAAGCCCAUUAGCUCAAUGCUAACAUAUAAUGCAAAAUCCCAGAGAAAAGCUAACUGAGACACAUAGAUCUGAGAGAGACAGAUUGAUUGAUCUAUAUAGAGACAGAGAUAUAUACACGCACGCACACAUACACCGUAAUCAUAAACCUUAAAGCAAUUGCAAUGUGAACACAUGCGGAGCAGCAACACAUACAAAUGGAGGUCCAACAAUACAAGCAUGUAUUCACUCUGCUCUGUGGGAACAAUGGCUUCAGGAUUGGGGACCUUCUCUGCCUUCUUGCUUUUAAAUUGGCCGCACGUCUUCCAUCGGAGCUCAGUGCCGCCUGGCAUGUUGUCGCACGAUGUGGUGCUACACUGAAGACACGCAUCUCUAAAUUUGGACUUGCCUGUCCACUGUAAAACCCCAUCAAACAUGUUCUAGAAUCGUGAUUUCUUGCGGGUUCACCGUAUAGCGUGAGAGCAAAUUCUCCUCAUCGCAGAUAUUUUUGAGAUGGAGCCUACCCUCUAAUUCAUUAUUCUCUAUUUGGCUUCCUCACCGUUUUUGUUCUCCUAAAACGCCACACGGUGGCGCCAAAUCUCCGCCAAAGGAAGAGCUUGCGUUUGUGGCAAGGAC